AUGUCCUUCUUUUCGAAGACGUUGAGCAAAGGAACAUCGGAAGGACAGUCAGAAGAGGCUGCUGCCUUCCUCGCCAGAUUUGCUACGAUCAACUUCCCACCAGAGGCCACUGCGCAGCCUCGCGACGAUGUCGACUCUGCACUAUCUCCAAGCCUGAAGGCGAGUGAGCAUAUGGAUCUUGCAAGCGUCUAGGGGUGCUGCUUAGCUGACAUCUUUGCAACACCUAGCACGAGGAAGAUCUGCGCCGCGUUUGGGCUCAAGCUCGCACGAGCCUGGAGAUCAAAGCCUUGGCUCCCUGCGUCGGCCUAGUCGAUGUGCAUGGCGAGGCAACGGCGGACGCCAACGGAUCAAUCUUCAAGACACGAAGACGUCUGGUCGAGGCAGAUGCAUCGGGUCAGCAGCCCAAAAUUGUCGCUAUUCCCGGCGGACCACGCACCAAUCCCACACGCACGGAUGCUCAACACGUGCUCCCUCUGCCUGAGUCGGAUCGCCGACCGCAUGGAAGCCCCGCCGUUGCGAGUCAAGAUGAAUUUCGCGAGGCUUUCAACAUACUGACCGAGAACGCCUUCGCGCUGCUGCACGAAAAGGACUGGCAAGGGGUGCUCGUCGCCGGCGGGUCGGUGCUUGCAGCGCUUACGCCGCUCCCACAAAAGUGCAAAAAGUCCAGACGCGAACUACGUCGCUACUUGCACGAAAGUGGGCCCUGUCGUGGUAGCGACAUUGACGUCUUUCUGUACGGAAUGGCCGAUGACGAGACUGCCAAAGCAAAGAUCGCUCGCAUUGCUCAGCUCAUCGCCGACGCAAUCCCGUGGGAUAUCACCUGCAUUCGCUCCAAACAUGCCAUCACUCUGGUCAGCCAGUAUCCUCACCGUCACGUGCAGUUUGUGCUUCGACUCUACUCUAGUCCAGCAGAGAUCCUGAUGGGUUUUGAUGUCGACAGCUCCGCAGUCGGCUUCGACGGCAAGCGGGUCUUGGCCGCACCUCGAGCGUUGAUCAGUCUGAUCACCCAGAGUAACACUGUUGACAUGACAAGACGCUCUCCUUCAUACGAGGUGCGCCUAACCAAAUACGCGGAGCGCGGCUUUGAGAUCUACGUGCCUCAUUUGCGCCGCGCAGAUAUCGAUCCCUCUAUCUACGAGCGCACACCGCUCGGCAUCAAAGGUCUCGCACUCUUGCUAGUCCUUGAGAAGAUGAGGAGCCAGAACGAUAGAGACGCGUUCUUGGAUCAGCGUCGCAAGGACAGGUCCCGACCAGAGCUUUCCUGGCAGCAAAAGUGGUCUCGCCAACGCAAUACUCUUUCAGGUGAUUUGAAGACGGGGACUGAGCGAGGACAAUGGCUUGCAAGCCUUGCAACGUCCAACUACGAUGCUCCCAGCACAGCUUUUCACCUGCCGUAUGGUCCCAGAUGGCAGGCUGCUCGAAUCGAAAAGCUGCUUUACCGGACCGAUGUUGUAUUGAACGCAGCGUGGAACGAGAAGGUGAGUUCGAUGAAGACGCUUACACGCGUCCCUUCUGACUCACGUCUUCUCGCAGAAUAAAGCCCUCCUUGGUCUACACAGACAUCCCGCGUUCUUCGGAACCAUAGAGGAGUGCAUGGAGGACUGCUGCAAGCUUUGCCCGGAACCGCAGUCCUCGGAGCAGAAAGAACUCUUUGAAGAGCGGUGCAAAGAUUAUGUCCGUGGGCGCGUUGAGUGCGCACCGAUUCCCUGUUUGUAAGCUUUGCAUCGUCGCUGUACUAAAAACGCUCCCCUCUGCACAGAUUUAUCAAGGAGGAGCCUGGACGUCAGCUGAUGAGCGGUUCCUUCCAGCCCCUUACCGACGAUGACUGGACGACAGUGAGUUGCGGUGGUGACGCGUCUAUAAAACAACAGCCAACAGAUCCAAUCACGCCUUUCUCCAGCAAGCAUACAUGACCAGCGCUCAAAUGAUGAUGAAGGCUGUGCUGGAUGGGAAUCUUGAGUGCAUACAUCGUUUGUGCUUAGGAGGCGAAGAUACAGCUAGGAAGGUGCUGCUCAGCCGUGAUCAAUCGGGUCGAACCCCGCUGCAUCUGGCUAUUCUCGAGCGAAAGACCAAAGUCGCAGUCACACUUGUUUCGCUUGGUGCCCGUGUUACUUCGCGUCUCGCAGAUGGCAGAUCGGCCUUCAUUUUAGCUGGUAAGUGCGAGAAGCAGGUCAGAAGCUCUGAAAUCACUCACAAAUGCUCUUUUUCGAGUUCGAUAGCUGAGCAGGGCAACGCCACCGUUGUGCAAUCCAUGCUCAUGAGAAGCAACGCGAACGAAGCUGCAGCCUUGGAAAAGGAUGCCACGAGGAAGGAGCGCACCCCGUCGGCCUCCGACGGUGUAACCCGGAUAGUCAAGAAGCAGAGCGAGGAAGGUGGUGCUGACGAUGAGGCUUCCGACGAUGGAAAUCGACACUCUGCAAAUGAAGACCAGGAUUCAGAGGAUGACGAAGCUGUGCUUGUCAAGCGUCCAAACAAGUCGAGAAACGAGGAGGCUCAACAGGAAGGUAUUCCCCCCGAGGUCGAGACACCAGAUGUCAUCGCGCUCGAGGACUACGCUUGGGAUGUGAGUUUGAAGAUCCGCACCACAUGUCGCCACAACGCUGACAGGUAUCCUCGCAUACAUUCCAGUCUGGGCUGCCCGCCUUGCAUUACGCCGUGACGAGCGGCGACCCAGAAACAGUCAAGAUACUGUUGGAUGCAGGAGCAUCACCGAACAUGGCAGUAGCUGGAGUGCAUCCUCUUAUGGCUGCUGUGCUAAUUCCGGAAGACGAAGCUGCAAUCGCAGUGAUCAAAGUCUUGCUAGCAGCCGGUUCCUCUAGCUCAAGGAUGACGCUGCACAAAGCACGUCACAAUCAAGUCAAGUCGACCAUGCUUGCGUUCACAGCUUUCGUUCUGGCAGGGCGUCAGCGUUUGGUAGCAGCAUUGCUGGAGCUGGACGCACAGCGUGCCGAAUUUGCAGCCACCUUUGCACUUUUCCAAGGUCGUUCUUAUAGCGAUUUCGCUGUAACCUCUUCGCUCAGCCUCGCACUGCUCACCGGUCAGCUUGGAACGGCCGCGUUGCUACUAGCUGCAGGUGCCAAAGCCCACAUCACGGGCGAACAAUAUGGGGCCGGCCGCAAUUGCUCGCUUGUGCGGAAAGACAAUUACAAUUAUGUACAGGUGCGCAGCUUUGCCACGAAGGCUUGGUCUUGGUGACGAAUGCUAAUGAGCCGCAGUUUCUGUUUGGACAUGCCAGGCUAGCAGCCUUGUCACAACUAUCCAGCCCCUCGCAGCUUCGCUGCUGCAAGCCAACUUGGGCUUCUACCUGCUUCUUGCUGCUGAUGAAGAUCUUCCUAUCACCGCUCUACCUCACAUGAUGCAACUCGGUAUCACUAAGAUAGAUGAGGAGACGGACCAAACUGUCAAGCCCCUCUCCAUUCUUGAUGAGUUGGUUAGCUUGAUUCCACCUGGGGAGGACGAGCGGAAUGCUGUACCGAAUGCGGAAACGAUCGAAGGCCAACCUCAAAAUUUGUACGAAUUCGCCCUCCGAAGCGCGCAGGACAAGGCGCGACUUCUCUCCCCGAAGAACCAGACUCCAUCAAACCAUCGAGCCCCGCUUCUGACAUUUGUUGCAGAAGCGCGAAGAGCAGUCCUGCAGAGAGGAGCAAAGCCGUGGUCAGGUCUCGUUUUCGAGCCGCCACUCAAGGAUGAAGUGCAGUCUCAAUAUAUGCGUGGACGCAGACGGCUCUUUUACAACUCUGCGGACGCGAGCAAGAAGGUAGUCGAGGACUUGCUCUCCAGUGCUGGAUCGCUUGGAGAGAGUCAAAUCCAAUUCUAUUUGCUCAAUGGCGGAACGAGCUACACGAUGCAGCGCCUUGCGCAGCCCGUCGCUGUGUCCCAAAUCGAUACCUGCCGCCGGCUUUUCGAUGCAGUAGUACGCGGAGAAAAUGAAACAGUGACGAAAUUGUUGCAACGAGAGGUUCCCGCAGCGAUCUGCUAUGGUCUGCGAGGCCCGAGCACCAAGCAGACGCUACUUGAUGUUGCAGUGGGCUGCAACAGGUGGCAAGUCGCCGAGACCAUUCUGCACAUCAGCGCUCAGCAGUUUAAAAGGUCGGAGCAGCCCAAGACUUCUUUCUCGAUGGGUUACAAUUAUGAUGACAGUGGUGAGUCUGACUAGUGCAACUCAGAUUGAAGGCGCUACCUUCCCGCUUACAGUCUCUCAUCCAGACGAUGAAUCGAAUCUCGAUAUCGUUGAAGACGAGCCCAGGAAGCAACUUGAUCAGGUUGACGAGGACGCGGCGAAAUUGCCUCAGAAGACUUUGGAAUCCCUCACAGCUCCGACUGACCUCGUGGACAACAUUGACUGGAUUCCGGCGGUCAAACGCGCCAUCGAGAAAGAUCCUGAGUCGACAGAUCGCAUCUGCGAGAUGGUGACGGCAGUCUCUGCAAGCACCAAUGGUGAGCAAAGUCCUCAGUGGAGCUGCAGACCAAGGCCGAACGUUUCGCUGAAUCUGCUCGCGGCCGUACAAACGAAGACCCGUUCUUGAAAAGCAGUGGCACCGGUCUCGUGCUGGGUCUUACGCUUGCGCUGCUUUGCGACAAACCGAAAUUGUUCCAGCACUAUUUGGUACAUGCAGGUUGCUCAUUCGAACAGAUGAGGGUGCUUCUUCGCACGACACGGUCGAGUCAGACCGCCGCCAGUGCCGAGCUAGAAAGCGAUGAGGAAGAGGAAGGCGAUGAGAUCCUGCUUGCGCAAAGCGCGCACUCUUACUACCCAGGGCUUCUCGUCCACGGAAGGCGCAAGCGUGAUUGGGCCAGAGAAGGUCCGACCAGAAGCAGCAUAGGGAAUGCUGCGUUACUCCCGUCACGUUUGCUCGAACUCGCGAGCAGAUAUCAAGCCCAGGAUUGUAUCAGGUGGCUGGCUCAAGAUAAUUACUCAAACGUUCGUUGCCUAUUGUCGGCGCGUAUUGAGGCCAUCAAGAACGAUUUGAAUGAGGGCCUUGCGGACGGGGAUGCGCAACGUAAGCUUCACACGGAACUACGAUCGCUCGCUCAAUUUGACUUGGAGUCCGAGCAGCACUUGGCCCUGAUCAUUGGCGCCACCGCGGACGACGUCGAUAAGCAUCUCUCGCCAAUCGGAAGUGCCGCAUCGCACAUAAGACCUGGCAGGCGCUUGGACACUUUCGAAUUGCUGCACCAGCUGUUUCCCUCUUUCACAUCCUCGUGGGUGGAGUCACCGCUGCGCGGCGACGUAGAUGCAAAGUUUGCUCCGUACUUCUAUGUGUUGCGCGAAUUCCUUCGCAAGACGGAGGUCUCAGAAGAAGACGUUCGCCGCUUCAAGAACGAGUUGAAAUGGCUGGUCAAACAUGGCACCGACCCGCUCGCAAUGGAUGAUGAAGGGUAAGUCCAUGCACGUUGAUCUUUGUUCGUGUGCAAAGAGCUCAAGAGGAUUCUUUACGCUACCCCAGUCUAAAUGCUCUCCACACACUGGUACGAACCGCCAUUCCUGCUAUCGGUUUGCAAGCAUUUGCUGCGAUGCAGGAUGCGCUGGGCAGAGACGUCAUCUGUCAUCUAGUGUCGCAAAGUCCGCUUUCCGGGCCAAGACGAGGCAGCACACCCCUGCACGAGCUUCUCUCGUCCAAACACCUCGCUGAGCUGCAGGACGACCAGAACAUCAAUUCGUCCGGCGCAGCGAAGGACGGCUUAGCUGCGGAACUGCUUGCCUUGCCCGACGAGGCGGUAGCUAGAGCUCUGAAGACCAGAGACGUAGCUGGCUGCACGCCUCUGGCUCUCGCCAUCAACAAUGUGCACGCUGUUGGGACCCGCAUCCUCUUGUCCAAGUGCAAAAGUCUCGAUUUGCUCGACCUUUUGAGAUGGGAGGAUGUGGUGGGAGAUUUGCCCGGCGAGAAGCUGAGGCGAAAUAUGAUUCAGCGGUCAGUGAAUCACGAAACGACAGACAGAACCAUUCCUCGCUGGCCUGAGGUUUGCGAUCUGCGAAACGGAGUGCUGAGUUGGAAAGAGUAUCAAGAGCGCUUGGCUGCGCGAGGCAAGGAGGCGCUGCACCGCAACAUUCCUGGGCAGAUCGCAGAUCUGAAAUCUGCCCUCGCACUUUCACCUACUAUGAGCCCUGAACUAUCGAGCGCAUGCAGAGAAAUCAUCAACAAGCUUGAAGAUCAGCUUCAGCAAUUUGGAAGCGCAGAAGCCGACCUGAAAGACUUUGACGGCGUUCCUGGCCUGGACAUCGUGAAUCUGGUGUUGCAACACACGCCCAAGGACUCUCCUCGAAUCCUGAUACCAGCGUCAGAAGUUCAGUAUGCCACCAAGGCUUUACUCGAUAAAUCUGACCGCCGCUACAAGGUGUCUGCAUCCGAUGAGCGAGACCAGACUCAGUCUUAG